AUAUAAUAGCAUGCGAUCGCACGCUUUCCUAACCAAGCCUGCCUAUUUUAUAGUCGGUUGCUACAAGGAAGUAUUGUUACAUUGACUAGGGGUUUGGUUUAGGCAAGCAGUUUAUCUUUUUGUAAAGAAAACUUUAUUCAGGCAAGUAAAAAUGUUAGUAAGAUCAUAUUUGCGAGAAACAAUAGAUGGAAUUGUCUAUAAAAACAUUGAAUGUGAAUCAGAAAUGAUUGAUGUGAUAAACAUGUUUUUCGAUGAGUUUAUAGUAGAUGUGCCAAUAUAUAAAUUUGUUAUAUCACAAUUUGAUAUGAUUGUAAGAAGUUUAGAUUGGGAAAACUAUGUUAAAAAAAUUAUUGAAGAAGGAGUUAGUAUAAUAGCUGUUGAAGAAAAAACGAAUAACUUAGUUGGAUUCUAUAUCAACUCUAUUAUAGAUUUGCAAAGUGCUUCUGAAGAUAAAGUUAAUUCAAAAUGCGAUCUUGAUGAAUCAAAGUGCGAUUUGUUGAAAAAUGAAAAACUAGAUUUACAUAGAAUAUCUGAUUAUCUUUGCGAGGAAAUGGGUGACGUAAAUGAUUUGUUGCUUGAGAGAAUACCUAAUCUUCAAAAGAUAUUUGAUUCUUAUGCCAUAAGUACUUCAAGAAAGUUGAGGGGUAGAUCUAUUGGUUAUAAUCUGCAAAAGUAUUCAAUAAAGAUAGCUCGAAAUGUUGGUACGCAAUGUGCUUUGGUUUUUACUGCAAACCUAAUAACUGAUAAGAUUCUUCACAAAUUGAACUUUGUGAACAUUAAACGUAAAGCGUGGAACACGUUUCAAAUUGAUGGUAAAAAAAUAUUCGAAAAUUAUCAAGACGAAGAAGAUUGUGGAAAUACUUUCUACUUAGAUUUAACAAAUUAAAAAUUAUUAAAUACAUAUCAAAAGUUACUAUCUUUUUCUAAAAAAAGUGGAUCGUUCAUCUUGAGCGAAAUUUCGAAAACACGAAGAAGCACGAGUUGUUGCAGUGGAGAACGAUGGGUAGGAAUUUGACAAGACGGUAUGCCAGACCAAACAUAUGGUGGAAAUUUAGGACAAUAAUUUCCUAUAACUAUUUGUUUUUCAAAAUUUAUUGGCCAAUGCAAUUCAAAAACUACAGUGUCAUUAGUUACUUUUAA